GAGGCCACCCCUGGGGACUUCUCCCCUUCCUCCACACGAUGGGUGUCGGCCAGAGGAGGCUGGCCCCGCUCUGGGCCCUGGCUCUCGCCCUGGCCUGUGCCCAGCACACAGGCCAGGCCCAGGACAGCUCCGCGGAACCCAGCUAUGAGCACCCGGACGUCUCUCCCGUCGCCCAGGGGCCCAGCGGUGACCCACUUCGUGUGGUGACCAUCCUCCCGCCUCUGAGGACCACCCCCGUGGUGCGAGCCCUGAACCCAGCGCACAACGGGCGGGUGUGCAGCACCUGGGGCGACUUCCACUACAAGACCUUCGACGGCGAUGUCUUCCGCUUCCCCGGCCUCUGCAACUACGUCUUCUCCGCGCACUGCGGGGCCGCCUACGAGGACUUCAACGUCCAGCUCCGCCGCGGCCGGGACUCCAACACCACCACACUGAGCAGGGUCGUCAUGAAGCUUGAUGGCAUGGUCGUCGAGCUGACCCAGAGCUCCGUCCUGGUCAACGGCCGCCUAGUUCGGCUGCCCUUCAGCCAGUCCGGGGUCCUCAUUGAGCACAGCAGCAGCUACCUGAAGGUGGUGGCCAGGCUGGGCCUGGUCUUCAUGUGGAACCAGGAUGACAGCCUCCUGCUGGAGUUGGAUAACAAAUACGCCAACCAGACCUGUGGGCUCUGCGGAGACUUCAACGGUGUCCCCAUCUUCAACGAGUUCUUCUCCCACAACGUCAAGCUGACCCCCUUCGAGUUUGGGAACCUGCAGAAGAUGGAUGGCCCCAUGGAGCAGUGUCAGGACCCCAUCCCAGCGUCCCCGGCGAAUUGCUCGACCGACGUUGGCGUCUGCAAGGAGAUCCUGAGCAGCCAGAUGUUCUCGAGCUGCAACACCCUGGUGGACGUGGGCAGCUACGUGGAGGCCUGCCAGCAGGACCUCUGCCUCUGCGAGCAUAGCAACCUGACCAGCUGCCUCUGCCACACCCUGGCUGAGUAUUCCCGCCAGUGCGCCCACGCCGGGGGGCUGCCGCGGGACUGGAGGAGCCCCGACCUCUGCCCCGUGAAGUGCCCCCUCAACCUGCAGUACCGCGAGUGCGGCUCGCCCUGCUCGGACACCUGCUCCAACCGGGAACACUCCCAGCUCUGCGAGGACCACUGCGUCGCCGGCUGCUUCUGCCCCGAGGGGAUGGUGCUCGAUGACAUUGGCCAGACCGGCUGUGUCCCUGUGUCCCAGUGCUCCUGUGUGUACAACGGGGCCACCUAUGCUUCGGGGGCCGUAUACUCCACAGACUGCACCAACUGCACCUGUUCCGGAGGGCGGUGGAGCUGCCAGGAGGUGCCGUGCCUAGGCACCUGCUCCGUGCUGGGCGGUGCCCACUUCUCCACGUUCGACGAGCGGCUGUACACUGUGCAUGGUGACUGCACCUACGUGCUGACCAAGCCCUGCAACAGCAGCGCCUUCACCGUGCUGGCUGAGCUGCGCAAGUGCGGGCUGACGGACAGCGAGACUUGCCUCAAGAGCCUGACGCUGAGCCUGGACGGGGGCCAGACGGUCAUCGUGGUCAAGGCCAGCGGGGAGGUAUUCGUCAACCAGAUCUACACCCAGCUGCCAGUCUCAGCAGCCAACGUCACGCUCUUCAGACCCUCGACCUUCUUUAUCAUCGUCCAGACCAACCUGGGCCUGCAGCUGGAGGUGCAGCUGGUGCCCGCCAUGCAGGUGUUCGUGAGGCUGGCGCCCACACUCCGGGGGCUGACCUGCGGUCUCUGCGGGAACUUCAACAGCGUCCAGGCGGACGACUUCCGGACACUCAGUGGCGUGGUGGAGGGCACGGCCGCCGCCUUUGCCAACACCUGGAAGACCCAGGCCGCCUGCCCCAACGUCAAGAACAGCUUCGAGGACCCCUGCUCCCUCAGCGUGGAGAACGAGAAGUACGCUCAGCACUGGUGCUCGCAGCUGACGGACCCCCAAGGCCCCUUUGCCGGGUGCCACGGCGCGGUCAAUCCCAGCAGCUACUACUCGAACUGCAUGUUCGACACGUGCAACUGUGAGAAGAGCGAAGUGUGCCUGUGCGCGGCUCUGUCCUCCUACGUGUGGGCCUGCGCCGCCCGGGGCGUGCUGCUCAGCGGCUGGAGAGAUGGCGUCUGCACGAAGCCCAUGACCACCUGCCCCAAGUCGAUGACCUACCAAUACCACAUCAGCACCUGCCAGCCCACCUGCCGUGCCCGAAGCGAAGACGACGUCACCUGUGGCAUCAGCUUCGUCCCCGUGGACGGCUGCACCUGCCCCAACGACACCUUCCUGGAUGACACGGGCAAGUGUGUGCCAGCCACCAGCUGUCCCUGCUACCUCGGAGGCUCUGUGGUCCCCAACGGGGAGUCUCUGCACGAGAGCGGGGCUGUCUGCACCUGCACCCAGGGCAGGCUGACCUGCAUUGGAGGCCAUACCCCUGCCCCAGUCUGUGCCUCACCCAUGGUCUACUUCGACUGCCGCAACGCCACGCCCGGGGCCGCCGGGGCUGGCUGUCAGAAGAGCUGCCACACCCUGGACAUGGACUGUUAUAGCUCCCAGUGCGUGUCCGGCUGCGUGUGUCCCCAAGGGCUGGUGGCUGACGGCCAAGGUGGCUGCAUCGCUGCGGCUGACUGUCCCUGUGUGCACAACGAGGCCAGCUACCAGGCCGGCCAGACCAUCCGGGUGGGCUGCAACACCUGCACCUGCAAGAGCAGAGUGUGGCAGUGCACGGAUGAGCCCUGCCUGGCCACCUGCGCCGUUUACGGGGACGGCCACUACCUCACCUUCGACGGGCAGCGCUACAGCUUCAGCGGGGACUGCGAGUACACGCUGGUCCAGGACCACUGUGGCCAGAACAGCAGCGCCCAGGAAGCCUUCCGUGUCGUCACCGAGAAUGUCCCCUGUGGCACCACGGGGACCACCUGCUCCAAGGCCAUCAAGAUCUUCCUGGGGAGUUACGAGCUGAAGCUGAGUGAUGGGAAAGUGGAGGUGAUUGAGAAGGGUGCAGGGCGGGAGGUGCCCUACUCCAUCCGCCAUAUGGGCAUCUACCUGGUGGUGGACACCGAGGUCGGCCUGCUGCUGCUGUGGGACAAGAAGACCAGCAUCUUCAUCAGGCUCAGCCCCGAGUUCAAGGGAAGGGUCUGCGGGCUGUGUGGGAACUUCGAUGACAACGCCGUCAACGACUUCACCACGAGGAGCCAGUCCGUGGUGGGCAACGCGCUGGAGUUCGGCAACAGCUGGAAGUUCUCCCCGUCCUGCCCGGAUGCCCCAGCCCCCAAGGACCCCUGCAGCGCCAACCCGUACCGAAAGUCCUGGGCCCAGAAGCAGUGCAGCAUCAUCAACAGCGCCACCUUCGCCACCUGUCAUGCCCACGUGGAGCCGGCCAAGUAUUACGAGGCCUGCGUGAGUGACGCAUGUGCCUGCGAUUCUGGGGGCGACUGCGAGUGCUUCUGCACGGCCGUGGCCGCCUACGCCCAGGCCUGCCACGAGGUGGGCGUGUGCGUGUCCUGGCGGUCCCCGGACGUCUGCCCUCUCUUCUGCGACUACUACAACCCCGAGGGCCAGUGCGAGUGGCACUAUCAGCCCUGCGGGGCGCCCUGCAUGAAGACCUGCCAGAACCCCAGUGGCCAGUGCCUGCAUGACGUGCGUGGCCUAGAAGGCUGUUACCCCAAGUGCCCAGCCGAGGCCCCCCUCUUUGACGAGGACCAGAUGCAGUGUGUGGCCACAUGCCCACAGUCACCCUGCCGCAUCCAGGGCAAGUCAUACCAGCCAGGAACGCCGGUCCCCUCAGAUGAGAACUGCCAUUCCUGCGUUUGCACAGAGAGUGGCGUGCAGUGCACCUACGACGCCGAGGCCUGUGUCUGCACCUACGAUGGGCAGCGCUUCCGCCCGGGGCACGUCAUCUACCACACGACGGACGGCACAGGGGGUUGCAUCUCUGCCCACUGCGGCACCAAUGGCACUAUCGACCGGAGGGUCUACGCCUGCAGCUCCACCACCCCCGCCCCCCAAACCACCUUCUCCUUCUCCACAGCCCCACUCGUGGUGAGCUCGACACGCCUGCCGGUUACGUACCCCAGUCCCACCGAGAGCACUCCGAGCAGUGCCCCAGCCAGCCCCACGGGCACGACCCCCAGGCCCACGCCCUCGACAGCUUCCACCUCGCCUCACCCGGACUGUGGGGAGGAGUGCCAGUGGUCGGCGUGGCUGGACAUCAGCCGUCCGGGACGGGGCAUCGACAGUGGUGACUUUGACACGCUGGAGAACCUCCGUGCCCAUGGGUACCAGGUUUGCCGGGUGCCGAGGGCGGUGGAGUGCCGAGCCGAGGCUGCCCCCGAGGUGCCACUCCAAAUCCUGGGGCAGCGUGUGGAGUGCAGCCCAGCAGUGGGGCUGACCUGUUACAACAAAGACCAAGCUUCAGGGCUCUGUGACAACUACCAGAUCAAAAUCUUGUGCUGUUCCCCCCUGCCCUGCACCACCUCUGGUGAUGCAGCGCAGACCACCCCUCCUGCAACCUCCAGGACAACUGAAACUGGGCCCACGCCAGGGACGAGCAGGGUCACUUCUGUGCCGACAGGGAGCACGGCUUCUCCAGCCCUUGUUACCACAACUGGCCCAACCACCCUCUCUACCACUGGUAAAACACCUGCCCCAGGUCCCUCUACACCUGCCCCAGGUAUCACUACAACAGCCCCAGGUACCCCUACACCUGCCCCACGUACUUCUAUAACUGUGAAAACAACCCUCUCAACCUCCAGUCCAAUGUCAGUUUCCACAACAGCUUCAGCCACAAGCUCCGAGUCUACCAAAGCCCCGGGGUCCUCGGAGGUCCCAGGGAAGCCAACCCCACCGGAGCCCACCCACAUCUCCUGUUUACAAGAGUUCUGCAGCUGGACUCGGUGGAUCGACGACAGUUACCCUGGGCCUGGCAGGAACAGCGGAGAUUUUGACACUUUUCAAAAUUUGAGAUCCAAAGGAUACAAAUUCUGUGAAAAGCCCAGCAAAGUGGAGUGCAGGGCACAGGCGUUCCCAGACACCCCGCUGGAGGAGCUGGGGCAGGACGUGAUCUGUGACAACAAGUUGGGGCUGCUGUGCCUGAAUAAAAACCAGCUGCCGCCAAUCUGCUACAACUACGAAAUCCGGAUCCAGUGCUGCGAGCUGGUGGAUACGUGCAGACAGAGCACAACUGCCCAAGCAACAGGCGAGAGAUCACACUCAACCCCACAAGAAAGCAGGGUCAAAACAGAAAGCCCCUGGACCACAGCAACCCACUUUGUCUCCACGAAACAGACAGGGACAAGCUCAGGAACAGGGCUGAGGACAAGUGGGGUCAUAGCCAGCACACCCACGGUGACCACUCUCGGAACCACAAACUGCCAGCCACAGUGCAAGUGGACCAAGUGGUUCGACGUGGAAUUCCCGUCCCCCGGGCCCCACGGCGGCGACUCUGAGACCUACAGCAACAUCCUCCGCAGCGGGGAGGAGAUCUGCACCCGGCCUGAGUACAUCACGCACCUGGAGUGCCGGGCCGAGAGCCACCCCGAGGUCAGCAUCGAGCAGCUGGGCCAGGUGGUGCAGUGCGACCCCGACGUGGGCCUGGUGUGCCGGAACCGGGACCAGGAGGGCCACGGCAGCACGUGCCUCAACUACGAGAUCCGCGUGCUGUGCUGCGAGCCCCGCGAAGGCUGCCCGCCCCCGACACCUGUCCCCGUGCCCAGCACCUCCAGGGUGAGCAGCUCCAGCCCCGAGGCGACCUCCCACGUGGCCACCAGCAGGACAACCUCCGUGCCGAAAACCAGCAGAACCCCUGUGCCGAGACCCAGCACCACCUCCGCGCCAGGACCCAGACCGACGUCCGUGCCGGAAACUAGCACAAAGACGGAGGUGAGAACCAGCACAACCUCCGCGCCGGGGACCAGCCCGACCCCUGUGCAGAAAACCAGCAGAACCUCUGUGCCAAGACCCAGCAAGGCCACGGCACCUGGAAGCAGAAACAGGCACGGAGCUGAGAACCAGCACAACCUCCCCUCUGUGCCAAGACCCAGCAAGGCCACGGCACCUGGAAGCAGCCCAAGCACGGAGCUGAGAACCAGCACAACCUCCGUGCCGGGAAGCAGCCCGACCUCCGGGCACAGAGCCGGCACAAGCCCAGCUCCUGCCAGCAGCACCACGUCCGUUGGUGGCCCGGAGACGAGCCACAGCCCACCUGCGACCAGCAGAUGCCAGCCACAGUGCAAGUGGACCAAGUGGUUCGACGUGGAAUUCCCGUCCCCCGGGCCCCACGGCGGCGACUCUGAGACCUACAGCAACAUCCUCCGCAGCGGGGAGGAGCUCUGCACCCGGCCUGAGUACAUCACGCACCUGGAGUGCCGGGCCGAGAGCCACCCCGAGGUCAGCAUCGAGCAGCUGGGCCAGGUGGUGCAGUGCGACCCCGACGUGGGCCUGGUGUGCCGGAACCGGGACCAGGAGGGCCACGGCAGCACGUGCCUCAACUACGAGAUCCGCGUGCUGUGCUGCGAGCCCCGCGAAGGCUGCCCGCCCCCGACACCUGUCCCCGUGCCCAGCACCUCCAGGGUGAGCAGCUCCAGCCCCGAGGCGACCUCCCACGUGGCCACCAGCAGGACAACCUCCGUGCCGAAAACCAGCAGAACCCCUGUGCCGAGACCCAGCACCACCUCCGUGCCAGGACCCAGACCGACGUCCGUGCCGGAAACUAGCACAAAGACGGAGGUGAGAACCAGCACAACCUCCGCGCCGGGGACCAGCCCGACCCCUGUGCAGAAAACCAGCAGAACCUCUGUGCCAAGACCCAGCAAGGCCACGGCACCUGGAAGCAGCCCAAGCACGGAGCUGAGAACCAGCACAACCUCCGUGCCGGGAAGCAGCCCGACCUCCGGGCACAGAGCCGGCACAAGCCCAGCUCCUGCCAGCAGCACCACGUCCGUUGGUGGCCCGGAGACGAGCCACAGCCCACCUGCGACCAGCAGAUGCCAGCCACAGUGCAAGUGGACCAAGUGGUUCGACGUGGAAUUCCCGUCCCCCGGGCCCCACGGCGGCGACUCUGAGACCUACAGCAACAUCCUCCGCAGCGGGGAGGAGCUCUGCACCCGGCCUGAGUACAUCACGCACCUGGAGUGCCGGGCCGAGAGCCACCCCGAGGUCAGCAUCGAGCAGCUGGGCCAGGUGGUGCAGUGCGACCCCGACGUGGGCCUGGUGUGCCGGAACCGGGACCAGGAGGGCCACGGCAGCACGUGCCUCAACUACGAGAUCCGCGUGCUGUGCUGCGAGCCCCGCGAAGGCUGCCCGCCCCCGACACCUGUCCCCGUGCCCAGCACCUCCAGGGUGAGCAGCUCCAGCCCCGAGGCGACCUCCCACGUGGCCACCAGCAGGACAACCUCCGUGCCGAAAACCAGCAGAACCCCUGUGCCGAGACCCAGCACCACCUCCGCGCCAGGACCCAGACCGACGUCCGUGCCGGAAACUAGCACAAAGACGGAGGUGAGAACCAGCACAACCUCCGCGCCGGGGACCAGCCCGACCCCUGUGCAGAAAACCAGCAGAACCUCUGUGCCAAGACCCAGCAAGGCCACGGCACCUGGAAGCAGCCCAAGCACGGAGCUGAGAACCAGCACAACCUCCGUGCCGGGAAGCAGCCCGACCUCCGGGCACAGAGCCGGCACAAGCCCAGCUCCUGCCAGCAGCACCACGUCCGUUGGUGGCCCGGAGACGAGCCACAGCCCACCUGCGACCAGCAGAUGCCAGCCACAGUGCAAGUGGACCAAGUGGUUCGAUGUGGAAUUCCCGUCCCCCGGGCCCCACGGCGGCGACUCUGAGACCUACAGCAACAUCCUCCGCAGCGGGGAGGAGCUCUGCACCCGGCCUGAGUACAUCACGCACCUGGAGUGCCGGGCCGAGAGCCACCCCGAGGUCAGCAUCCAGCAGCUGGGCCAGGUGGUGCAGUGCGACCCCGACGUGGGCCUGGUGUGCCGGAACCGGGACCAGGAGGGCCACGGCAGCACGUGCCUCAACUACGAGAUCCGCGUGCUGUGCUGCGAGCCCCGCGAAGGCUGCCCGCCCCCGACACCUGUCCCCGUGCCCAGCACCUCCAGGGUGAGCAGCUCCAGCCCCGAGGCGACCUCCCACGUGGCCACCAGCAGGACAACCUCCGUGCCGAAAACCAGCAGAACCCCUGUGCCGAGACCCAGCACCACCUCUGUGCUUGGUCCCAGCCCAAGAACUGAGCAGGAAAUCAGUGGAUCCUCCGUGAGCCCCCAUGUCACUUCAUCUAUUCGUCACUCGCCUCCUUCAGAACCCACCUCUGUGGUAUCUACCGUGAAGUCACUCAGCUCCCCACUGCCCUCCCCCUCGACCUGCUAUUGUAGUGUGUCCCGCAAGCUCUACCCAGCAGGAUCCAUCAUUUACCAACAGAUCGACCUCGCCGGCCACUGCUAUUACGCGGUGUGCAGCCUGGACUGCCACGUGGUCAGGCGGAGUGACGAAACCUGCCCCACCAGCACGCCACCUCCCGCCCCGGCCACCUCCUCGCCUGCGUCGUCCCCUUCGGGCCCUGUGCCUGUCACUCACCAUGGAUGCUCAAACAUAUCCCCCCCAAGAAUGAAAGGCGAGACCUGGAACAUGCCCAACUGCUCUCAGGCCACCUGCGAGGGCCACAACAUCAUCACUCUGCAGCCGCGCCAGUGCCCGACGGUGCAGGAACCCACCUGUGCCAAUGGCUACCCCGCCGUGCAGGUGGUUGACCAGGACAGCUGCUGCCCACACUACGAGUGCCAAUGUGUGUGCAGCGGCUGGGGCGACCCACACUACAUCACCUUCGACGGGACCUACUACACUUUCCUGGACAACUGCACGUACGUGCUGGUGCAGCAGAUUGUGCCUGUGUACGGCCACUUCCGCGUGCUCAUCGACAACUACUUCUGCGACGCCGAGGACGGGCUGUCCUGCCCGCAGUCCAUCAUCGUCGAGUACCGGCAGGACCGUGUCAUGAUGACCCGCAAGCCAGUCCGGGGAGUGAUGACCAAUGAGAUCAUCUUCAAUGGUAAAGUGGUCAGCCCCGGCUUCCAGAAAGAUGGCAUCGACGUCUCUCAGAUUGGUAUCAAGAUGUACGUGACCAUCCCCGAGAUCGGCGUCCAGGUCAUGUUCUCCGGCCUCAUCUUCUCGGUGGAGGUGCCCUUCAGCAAGUUCGCAAACAACACGGAGGGGCAGUGUGGCACCUGCACCAAUGACCCGAAGGAGGAGUGCCGCCUGCCUGGGGGGGCGGUGGUGGCCUCUUGCUCCGAGAUGGCAGGCCACUGGAAGGUGACAAACCCCGACCAGCCGUCCUGCCAUGGGCCUCCCCCGACGCCCACUGCCGGGCCCACGCCCACGCCCUCGCCUGCCUCUUGCCCACCUUCGCCAAUCUGCCAGCUGAUUCUGAGCGAGGUCUUCGAGCCGUGCCACUCCAUGAUCUCCCCAGGGCCAUUCUACCAAGGCUGUGUGUUUGACCAGUGCCACGUGACCGACUUGGACGUGGUGUGCUCCGGCCUGGAGCUGUAUGCUGCGCUCUGUGCCUCGCAGGGCGUGUGCAUUGACUGGAGGGGCCGGACCAACCACACAUGCUCCUUCACCUGCCCUCCCCACAAAGUGUACCGGCCCUGCGGCCCGUCCAAUCCCCCCCACUGCCACGGGGACGACCACAUCAGCCUCAUGGCCCUCCAGGAAGCUGGACCCAUCACAGAAGGCUGCUUCUGCCCAGAGGACAUGAUGCUUUUCAGCACAAGCGUUGAUGUCUGCGUACCCACAGGCUGCCCGAGAUGCCAGGGGCCCCAUGGGGAGCCUGUGGAGCCCGGCCACAAUGUCAGCAUCGACUGCCAGGAGUGCACCUGUGAUGGGAGCACGUGGAAGAUGAGCUGCCGCAGACAGUCUUGCCCACUGCCCCACUGCCCCGAACCUGGCUUCGUGCCUGUGGCUGCGGCCCCACAGGCCGGCCAGUGCUGUCCCCAGUACAGCUGUGCCUGCAACACCAGCUCCUGCCCCGCGCCCUUGGACUGUCCCAAAGGCUCCCGCCUGACCCUGGCGUACGAGGAGGGGUCCUGUUGCCCAAAACAAAACUGCAGCUGGACUGUCUGCAGUGUCAACGGCACCUUGUAUCAGCCCGGUGCGGUGGUCUCCUCGACCCUGUGCGAAACAUGCAGGUGCGAGGUGACCGGCGGCCCCGAGUCGGACACGUUCGUGAUCAGCUGUGAGACCCAGAUCUGCAACACCUACUGCCCCGUGGGCUUCGAGUACCAGGCGCGAAGCGGGCAAUGCUGCGGUGAGUGCGUGCAGAUGGCCUGCGUCAUGAACACGAGCGACAGCUCAGCCCACCUCUUCUACCCUGGCAAGUCCUGGUCAGACCCUGGGAACCGCUGUGUGACAUACGAGUGUGAGAAGCACCGGGAUGGGCUCGUGGUGGUGACCAUGAGGAAGGCAUGCCCUCAACUCAGCUGUCCCUUGGACCAGGCUCGGCUGAGCGAGGACGGCUGCUGUCUCUCCUGUCCCCAACCCCAGCCCCAGAACAGAUCGACCUGCGCAGUCUACGACAAGCACCAGGUCAUCCGGCAGCAGGGCUGCAGCUCCUCGGGGCCCGUGCGCCUCACCUAUUGCCAGGGCAACUGUGGGGACACCACCUCCAUGUACUCCCUGGAAGCCAACAGGGUGGAGCGCACAUGCAGGUGCUGCCAGGAGCUGCGGGUUUCGCUGAGGAACGUGACCCUGCACUGCGCCGACGGCUCCAGCCGGGCCUUCAGCUACACCGAGGUGGAGGAGUGCGGCUGCGUGGGCCUGCGGUGCAACUCCCACAGUGGCGGCCCAGAGGAGCUGGGGCCUGUGCAGAUCGGUGACGAGCAGAGCCGGGAGACAGAGCACAGGCGCCGGAAAAGAGAGGCCCAGGGGUCUGGGCCUCACCAGUAGCCUGCCCAGAGCCCUGUCCUUGGGGUCCCAGGGUGGCCUCCCUCCUGGACUGACCGACAAGAGUGUCCUUUACUCCCUGUGGUCUCAGCUUCCAAGGCCAGCGGAACCUGAGCCCUGGCCCGAGUGACCCGAGUCUAGGAUGCACCGUCCACCCACCUCUACCCUCUCCAGGGUUCAGCUGGCCCUGGACGUGUGGUGGCCCUGACCAGCCUGAAGCCACCUGCUCGGGACUAGCCGGGCAGGCAGGGCUCCUCCGGCCGUGGAUCCAGGCUGCUCUUCCCAGACAUAAGCAUCACAUGAGGGUCUUAAUGAUGGUCACUCGGACGUGGUGAUUGGCUGCUCGGCCGGCCGCCAGGAGGAGGAGCCUCUGCUACCUGGGCCCUGGGCCAGUUUCACAAAUACACUUGGAGCAUUUCGCAA